UGCUGACAGUCGCACGAUCUCCGUCGAAGCUAUCGCAAAAACAACCGAUACCAGACAAAAGCGCCAGGAACUCCAAAUCAAAUACCUUUCCGUUCAGUCUGUUAAGUUCUACCCGUCCACUCGCCAACUCUAUUUCUAUCUCCGCGGAUCCGCUUCUUCUCCUUCCUAUCUCAUUCUUUGCGGAUAAAGCUGAUAAUGACUGAUGAGUGAUUACCUCUAGAAAACUAGGGCUACUCAUUUAGUCAUUUACCGGGGGCAUGGGCAACUGCUGCCGUUCGCCGGCAGCGGCCGCUCGUGAGGAUGUUAAGGCUCACUUCCACGACCACAAGGAAGGUGGCGGCGGCGGCGUUGGUGGGAAACACCAGAGCGGAGGCGCAGCCGGUGGAAGGCGGAUGACGGUGCUCACCGACGGGAGCUGGGACACUAGAUCGGGUGGGAUUGAGGAGAAGUAUGCGGUCGACCGGGAGCUGGGGCGUGGGGAGUUCGGGGUGACCUAUCUCUGCAUGGAUCGUUACACGCGGGAACUACUUGCCUGUAAGUCUAUAUCCAAGCGCAAGCUCCGGACUGCCGUCGACGUCGAGGAUGUCCGCCGGGAGGUCGAGAUUAUGCACCACCUGCCCAAGAGCCCCAGUAUCGUGAGCCUCAGGGAGGCCUGCGAGGACGAUAAUGCCGUGCAUUUGGUCAUGGAACUGUGCGAGGGUGGAGAGCUUUUCGAUAGGAUCGUGGCCCGCGGGCACUACACGGAGAGGGCAGCUGCGGCGGUCAGCAAGACUAUUGUGGAGGUUGUGCAACUCUGCCACCGGCACGGGGUCAUCCAUCGGGAUCUCAAGCCGGAGAAUUUCCUCUUUGCGAAUAAGAAGGAAAACUCCCCCCUCAAGGCCAUAGAUUUUGGGUUGUCCAUAUUUUUCAAGCCCGUAAUUUUGAUGGAGAUCUACGAGUUUACAUUUGUUGAGAAUGCCUAGCAAAUAACCGAUUUCAGCUGUUAGUCAGGU